GACCACUAGAUCAGUCGUGGUGCCGCGAGGCUCAGGAGUAAGUGUAGAGAGUAACAUUUUGCUCCGUUUAUUGUUAAAUACCCUAAGAACUAAGUUUAAAUACCCGCUGUAAUUAUAAAAACUGUAUUAAUAACGUCAAAAUAAACUCUGUUUACGUCUAAUUAGAUAUACACGAUCCUUCUUAUGCGUUUAACCAAACAUUUUAUAUAAAAUUGUGUGUAUUUGUUAUGUUAUUCGGUGAAACAUAACUCUAGUGUCAAUUCCUGCAGUAUUUUACUGUUACUGCUGUGCUACUGUUUGAAGUGGUAAACUUAUUGGUUAUAGAAUGCCGACAACGUGAUACAACUAUUAAGGAUUCUGUUAUCACUUAUUUAUAUGUGUUUCUUAGUGUUUCUGUGAUUCUUAGUGAGACGUGCAACACCAUGGAUAUAUUGCCGAGCGUUGACAUCUUCAGGGAGCUGCAGGACAUUCACGAUACUGGAUAUUUUUCAGCCCGACCUUCUUUGGACGAUCAUUGGCAACAGACAUGUUACGAAAUGGAGAGGUACCUCAAAGAUGAACCAAAAAUCAAAUCUCUCAAGAAACUUCCUACAGACGUGGAUAGAUCUUGGUAUGGCUACGAUUACAACGAUAACCAUUUUGAUGCAUUUUCGUCAGCCAGUUCUCCCAUGUCAUGGGACGGAGCCCUCUCUUGUGCCAUCUUGGUGAAACAGGAACCCAUCGAUGAUGAGGAAGAAGAUGAUGACGAUGAAGAUAGUGAUUUGCGAUUACGCCUUUCUUCCCGAAAUCCAACUACGCUGACACCUCCAUCUUCCCCAGAAUCUGGCCAAGGGGGCUUAAGUAACGAAAGCUCUAGUGCUAGUGACUUGGACGUCUGCGGAGUGCGGAUUAGCAACCGGAACACGAUCGUGCGAGUGCGCGCAUCGGGUCUCACUCGGUAUAUUUCGGUAGUGCCGUCAAGACCACCGGUUAAUAGUAGUAAUAAUAAUAAUAAUAAUAAUAGUAAUAGUGUUAAUAGUAUAUCGACGUCUUCUCAUCAUCAGCCGCAAAAGCACCAUUCCCGUUUGGACCAUUCGCCAGAUAGUAAAAGGCGAAUACAUAAGUGCCAAUUUCUCGGUUGCAAGAAGGUUUAUACAAAGAGCUCGCAUUUAAAGGCCCAUCAGAGAACACAUACAGGAGAGAAACCCUACAAAUGUUCAUGGGACGGGUGCGAAUGGAGAUUCGCCCGCUCGGAUGAACUGACACGACAUUACCGUAAACACACAGGAGCCAAACCGUUUAAAUGCCGCCACUGCGACCGAUGCUUCAGCCGGUCCGAUCAUUUAGCAUUACACAUGAAACGGCAUACUUAGAUAGGUCUACCUCCUACUUCCGCAUCACUGCCAGUUACCUAAACAGAUAGUGAAAAUGAUUUAAUCUGACUUCUGUAUACGGGUUUCAAUGUACAGACUGUACUUUCGAGUGUAGAACAAAAUCCGCAAAAGGAAUGGUGCAAUAAUGUUACAAUAUAUGAUGUCACAGCCAGGCUACAAACCCGCAUAAGUCAACACACAAUAUGUAUUUUGAAAGUACGAACUACAUAGACUGUUCCAAUCGAUAAUAUAGUGUGUCUAGUGUGUUCUGUGACGUCAUUUAUUUAUAAGAGAAUCCUCGUUACAUUGAUAUUGUGCUGUUAUUGCUUGAUGAUACUUGGGUUAAGAAACGGUUUUUUUUGGAGUAGGGGUAUUUCUUAGUUUUGUCUAAGGAUAAGAUAUUUGGGACAUUCAGUAAGGCAAUUUUCAAUUCGGAUUUUUAUUUAAAACGAAUAUUCGUAGAAAAAUUUUUGCAAAAUAGGAAAUUUUUAUAAAGCGGUAACGACGCUUUAGGAAAUAAUAUUAAUUAGUUUAUUGAGACACUUGGUGAUAUUAAAAAAAAGUAUUUAAUAACGUUAGUUAAAGUUGAAGCUCAUUGUAUCUAACUGAUGUUGAUUCUUAUGAUUAAAGGAAUUUAGUUCUUGUGAAAGUAAACGUAUUGGUACAAACGUAGUGUAUAUAGUAAACAAAUGUGAUGUGUAUUAAAUAAAAUUCCAUAAAAAUGCCUCGUCUUGGAUUAACGAAUCCAGAUAGAUGAAAUUAGAAAUGAAAAGAAAAAAGCAGAUGUGAAAAAAAGAUGAAAAACAAAGCAUAAAGUUAAUUGUUUCGAACAAAGAAGAAACAUCACUUUGGAAAUAAUUUGGAAACGAAAUGUGAUGAUAAAAAAUAAAAACGGGAUACCUCCGAAGGAUGUGGAAAUAGUGCAAAAGAACUGGAAACAGUUAAUUCUAAUCCUUUCUAACCUUGCGGGUGUAAGGCGUAAAUAUUUUCUAUUACUUUCCUUUCAUCUUAUCCCUUAUUCAAUUCAAUUUUUUUUAUUCUGUCGCUAUCUAACUUUCUUUUUUUCACGUUUUACUCGAUCUUCCUUUUUUUUCUUAUUUGCUGUUCUUGCUUCAUGUACUCUUCUAAUCAUUUUACCUUCUCACAUUCUUGUAAAUUCUCCAAAACAUCUAAUUUAGUAUCUAUAGAUUAUUCAUGUAUGAAUUAUAAUUCUAUCCAUUAUCGUUUUACUUUCUGUCAUCCUUAGAUAUCUCAUCUCCAUGCUCUGUAUUUUAUUUCUUUAGUGUUGUGUUGUGGUCCAUGUUUCUGCCCCGAAAGUAAGUGUAGACAUGACUACUGUUUUGAAAUGGUGUGUUUUUAUUUCGUUCGCUAUCUAUUUGCUAUGUCUUUGCUUCCUUCUUAUUUAUCUUUUUACAUUCCGAAGUUUUUGUUCAUAGUUCUUACGUCUUUAGCGAUUGGUACCAAUCUGUAUUCUUGACAUUUUCCAUAUUCCAAUGUCCCAACUUGAACGGUGUCGCUUAUUAGAUGCUUUUCAUUUCUUCAUCAAAAACAUCCGAGAAGAGCAAUGGACUUACGUACUAGCUCCUCGCAUUGUCCUAAUUAUUUUUGUGGUGAUGUGUAAAAAGAAAGAUGAAAAAUAAAAUCGGGAGACCUCAGGAGAAUGAGAAAAAACGCAAAAGUAGUACCAUAAUUGAAAUUACAAAAAAACAGUAUAAACAGAUUCUAUGACAUUUUAGUCUUACAAUGAUGAGAGCUUACGUCAUGUCUCUAUAAGUUUUAUAUAUUCGACUCUAUAUUGGUUCGUUCAUACACGCCAUAUAUCUACUUAUGAAAAGCAUAUUUUUGUCAGUAAUUAAUUUACAAAAAUUUAUCACUCUUCGUUUAAAUCUUAUAAUUUAUCAAGAAUUUUCCUUUUUUUAAUCAAUAAAUUACUUAUGAACUUCGGAAUUGGAGUCGUAUCUAGAAUGCAGCAUUUUCAUAUUUGCUUUUCCGAGUAUUAUGUAUAAUACCACAAUGGAAUUAUCUAGACUUAAUUAAUUAAAGUAUACUUGAUCUACCUGAACACCUAGUAUACCAUUUAUUAUAUCAAUUUAGGGACUUUACUAUUAAAUCGCUCAUCUGGACUAAAUUAAUCAUUAACUAUAUUAACCAAUAUUCGAAUAUGAAGUGUCAUGGAAAUCCAAACACCCAGUAGUAUUUCGGUAAUAUUUGACAUAUAUAUGCUCGUAAUAUCUAAAUGUUCAAAUUUCUCCCUAAUUGCACGGGGUAUAUUUAAAUUUCUGCUCACUAUCUUUAAUAUUGGGUCGAAGCUAUGAAAAUUCUCUAACGAGUCUAGGUAUUCUUUUAAUGAAUUCAGUAAUAUGCUUCUAGGGUAUCUAAUUCCAUGUUACAUCUAUCUAAUGUCGAAAAGACACCAGAGUUUGAAGAGGACGCUGUAAAUGUUAUAAACAUCUACCAAUUAUAUUCCACGCAUAGUCCAUCUGGAACAACUUCGAAGAUAUUGGGAAACAAGAAAGAAGAAAUUUCUUUGACUAUAUGUAAACUAAAAUGUUGGGUUCUGAAGUAUUCUUGUGUAAGGAAUCAGACGAAGUUUCAAUAUAUCUAGGUGUGCAUUCAAAUGAAGACGAUUUUGAUCAAGCAUGGCAUUUAUGUUAUAUUAAAAAAAUUAGGAUAACAAUACUCACUUCUCACGAUAAUUUUCCAUUACUGAUUCCAUUUCAGCUGUUCUUGGCACCACUGAUGUCAAUUUCUUCCACGUUUCUGAGUCCAACUGAAGUCGGUAUAAACAAAGUCCAAACCUUCCAUCCGUCUAUAAACGCUUGUCAUUUAAAGGAACUUUCUAUUGGAAAAGCAUUGCCUAUAUCUAUCAGGACCGAUCUUUUAAAGCUAAUAACCUUGAGCGAUAAUCUUGGCUCCCUGUUUUCUCUCUCGUUCUGUACCUCUAGCCCUUAGUAUUAGACACUGUUAAUGUCAUGUCUGGAUGGAUCCCACGACAGUAUCUUUACUCAUAUUUAUACUACUAGCAUCUCGACCAACAAUUCUAUCUCUUUGGAAUAAGUAGGUUGCUGAAAAUUCGAAUUUCUUCGUGCUCUAAGCAUAAUAAUAAACACUCGUGAAUUCUUGUAAGGUAAAAUCUACAACCACUCGAUUCUAAUAAAGAAGUAUGUGAAAUAUUUUUGAAAAAAAAACUUGGGUGUUCGGGUUAUUAUGUUACUAUGUAAUUUUCCAAUUAUGUUUUCUUCUGUAGUGUAAAAGUGAUAUUUUUGAAAAAUGUUUACCAAAAAUAGUGUUUCUGAUUAUACUCCAACAUUUAAUUAUCUAUACUAGUUAAGUAAAAAAAGUUAACUUAAACUGAAAACCAGUUGCCUUAUUUCAAACUAGAAAAUUUUAACAUUUAAGUGAAUAAACGUAAUACGUAUGAUGCUCCAAACUUUUUAUAAAAAAAGUUCCAUUACUGUAUGUCCCAAGUAUCAAAUAUUUUGUUAAUGAUAAAAAAAAAUAACAGAAACUUUUUUAAAUGGAAAUUUUGAAAAUACUUAUCAGGAGGGAAAGACAUUUUUUAGAUAGGGAUUUAAGGAAAAAUAUAAUCUAUUAUCAAUUCAAAACAUGCCAAAGUAAAAUAUAAAUAUUACGAUUAAUGUUCUAGCAAUUUAUGAUAACCUUUAUAGGGUAGAGUGAAAAAUAUCAGUCGUUAGCAUUAAAUAUGAAAAAAAUGCAAUUUGAAAUAAAAAGCACAAAUUCGGGUGCUUAUCUUUUCUUCUGAAUAGAAUUCACGUGAUGCCAAUGAAAUAAAUUGCAAACGAAGACAAAAUGAACUCAUUUUCGUGCGACACAAAAAGCGUUAUCCAAUACAUACCAGAACGCAGUAUGAAUUAAAAUGAUUUGUAACCAACGCUUACUCAAAUAGGAAAGUGAAAAGUAUGGUUAUUCAAUCAAAUCAUUGAAUGGUAAAGAUAAAGUAAUUCCAUAAUUUUCAAUUGGAUGGAACUACAUAUAUGAGAAAAUGACACAAAAAAAUUCUGUGAAUAGUACAUUACGCAACCUAGCAAGAAAAGUAGAGCAUCCUCCCCCAGGUAUACUAUUUUUUCUCCCUCCGGGAUGAAAAAAUUCGCUUUUCGUCCCUGGUAUGCGGGCCAAAAAUGGCCUAUUCUCUCCCUUGAAGAACUUUCUUUUCUAUCGAGAUAUUUUCUCAUUAACUAUAGUCUUAGGAGAUGAACCGUAGUAAUUUUUUCAAUCCGCAAUAAUACAUCGUGAUGUGGACCAGAAAUAUUUGAAACCUGCAUAAGUUUCGAUUAUUUAACGUGUCAAAUAAAAAAUAUUGUACCAAUUUUAUUGAUUGAAUCAGAUAUGUCACAUAAAAGAAAUUAGUGAUUGACAAAAUAAUAUGCAAAUUGGAAACUUCUAAUAAUGCAACAAUAAUUGAUUAAAUAACAUAUUAAGUAUGCGAAACUAAAUAAAGACUCUUGCGAUUCUUAUAAAGAUUCAUCCAAAUAAAUUGAAUCAAACUAUGAUGAAAUGUUUGAAAUAAACUUAGUUUCCGUAAUGAAAUGGUUAACUAAAUGUGAAAGUUAAAUGGUCUUGAUAGAAGUUUAUCUCAUUAUUUUCCUAAAUUAUGAUGGGAAACAAAGUUGUUGACCGAUCCGUAGAAACGUCUCGUUUGCUCUAGUAUUUAUUUGAAAGUUAUCACGAUUUUAUACAGUCAGUUUGACAUUUUCAUUUUUGUUUUCUAUUUUGAUAUUUUUUGCUCUACCUGACUUAUACACAUAGUCCGUAUGCUCUAAAUUUAGGUUGAAUGUACGAACCUUUACCUUGUAAGAUGUAAUAAAAUAUUAUGUGAAUAUUAUUAUUAUUAUUAUUAUUAUUAUUAUUAUUAAGUAAAAUAAAACGAAAUUAUCUGCGCCAAUUUUGCAGUUGACUUUUUUAUUAUAUGUUUAUAAUAAGAGGUGUCUUAUUAAAGUUUUGAGUGAUUUUUGCGAAGAAAUGUCUUCCUAGAUAAUUUAUACAAUUGAAAUACAGUAGAAUGUGAAUAUUAUUGAUAUUAUCUAUCAAACUAUGUUUAAAUAUUAUUCACAUUUACUUAAUUGAGCCAAACAACUAAUAUUCUAUAUGUUUAAAUCUUACAACUACAACAGAUGGAAGGUGCAAUCUAGUAUUUUUAAACACAACUAAGGACUUAAGGAUUUCACUUCAUUUAUAUAAAAAUCUUCAAACUUAAACUGACGAUUUGCAAUGCAAUAAUACUGUAUAAAAAUUACGAUAAUUGUGUUUAUGUUUUUAUUAAGAUGUAAUACCAAUUGGAAAUCAUUUAUUAAGUUUUUUAUAUUUUGUAGGGGCAAUUACUGAUUUAUUUGUUAUUUAUUGAUCAAUAUUUUGCAUUAGGCAGAAAAUUUUUACUAAAAUCAAGAUUGUAUUCUUAUAAAUUUACCAACUUGAAAAUUAAAUUAAGUAAAUAAGUGAAAUUAAAGCAAAGUAGGACCUAUUUAAAUCAUUGACAUAUUAUAUUAAUUUUUAUAUCUGUUCUACUGUAUUUCCAUAACAAUAGAAAUUUCAUUCUUAUUUUUUAUAUCAAAACUCAAAACUGAGACAUUUCUCUGUCAUAUUAAGAUGAUUCGUUAUUUGUAAUACCCACGUUUUAGAAGUAUCAUAAAUGAUUUUUACUUUUGGAUUAUUUUGAAAAUUUUUGUAUCUAUCAUAUAUUAACAGUAAAUUAAUCUCCUAAUCCUUUUUUUUUUCUACGGUACAGUGUUAAUACAAUGGUUAUAGGUUCAAUUAAUCUACUUAUACUAUUUAAUAUUAAUAUUCAAUGAUUAUUAUAAUGUUAUGUUACAGGUCAAUAUUCUUCUUCAAGUGCCAUCUCCAUAUAAUGAAGGUUGGAGACAAUUUCGGCAUACUUAUUUCGGUCCUGAGUGGUGCGAAUUAAAGAUCAUGUGUUCAUACCAGUCCAAUCGCUUAUAUUUUUUAACCAUGAAUGUUGUCUGCGACCAGGUCCACGUUUUCCUUCGAUUUUUCCUUCUAUUAUUAAUUUCAGUAUAUCAUACUUGUUGUUACGGUAUAUGUGGCCCAGAUAAGCGGUCUUUCUUCUCUUUAUUGUUGUAAGUAACUCUCUUUCUUUUCCCGCACGUCUAAACACUUCAUUGUUAGGUAUAUGUUGAGUCCAUGAUAUUUUUAAUAGUCUACGGAAGAUCCACAUUUCAAGCCUCGAGUCUGUUCAUGUUAUCCACUUUUAAUGUCCAUGUUUCUGCCCAUACAAGAUAACUGAGUGCACGUACGUCUUUAUAAAACGGUAUCUUAAGAAGUUCAAGGUUGCGUUACAUAAUAGGUUUUUCACCGUUAGGAAUUUGGAUCUUCCUUGUUCUAUACGUGAUCUUCCUUCGAUGUCAGGGACUACAUUUGUCGUUAUACAGCUGCCAAGAUAUUCAAAUUUAUCAACUUUCUCUAGUGCAGUGUCAUAGAUUUUUUUAUGUUUAGUUGUUGGUUUGGAAGUCUUGUUAUGGCCAUUACUUUUGGUUUUGUUAUAUUAAUUUCCAUGCCUAGCUCUACAACUUUGUUGAUUAGGCGUUGAAGAGCUUCUGGAUUGUCUGCAAUGAUAACCUGGUCGUUUGCAUAACGUUUGUUGCUUAAUGUCCUGCCGUUAAUUUUUAUUCCAUCCUUGUCAUCGCCUAUUGCUUGGUUAAAUAUAUGCUCAGAGUACAUAUUAAACAAUAUUGGUGACAAAACACAACCUUGUCUUUUCUAUACACACCGGUUUUGAUAUCAUUUGUCCUUAUCUAACCGUUGGUUCUUGGUUCCAAUAAAGAUUUCUAAUAAACUCGAUAUCUUGUUUGUUUAACUCAUUUUUCGGUAGUAAUGUCAGAAGAACUCAUCACAUUUCUUGGCUUUUGAUUUCAUAGGGAGGGGAAUAAAUACAGAGGUAAGCCAGUCUUUUGGAAUAUUACCUGUUGUAUGAACUUCCUGUAGUAACUGGAGCAGUGGCAACAAAUUUUUUUCUUCUAUUAGUUAUAUCAUUUCUAUGUGGAUAUCGUCCGGACCCGUUGCUUUUUAUGUCUUUACUCAGCUUAAGUGCUUUGAUUAUCUCAGAUUUUAGCAUUUUUAGAAUCUCUUGACAUUCAUUAUUCUUGUCGAAUAUUCGUGGCUUAUCGCUAGCGAAUAUUUUCCGUAUAUAGUUUUAAUAAUUCUUGCUCUUCUGUUACCAUUUCAUUGCUUUCAUUUAGUAUACAUGAUACGGAUUGAAUUUUGUUGGAAUGCGUUACCUCUUUUAUUUUCUUAUGAACUCCGUGGCUGUCCUGUUUAUUCUGAAGUAAUUCAAUCUUCUCGCACCUUUCUUUCAUCCACUCUUCUUUUGCUAUUCGGAUUUUCUUUCUUAUUUCUCUAUUUAUUUUUUUAUAUUUUUCGAUGUUUUUAUACUUAUCCAUUGUCUGAUUGUCCAUUAUCAGUAGAAUUUUUUAUGUUAUCCAUUCUUUCUUGGUCUUUGGGCUGGCAUAUCCUAUUUCUUCUUGUUCUACUUUUACUAUUGCAUGUUUAAUUUGAUCCAAGACAUAUUCUAUAUUCGUUUCUGGUGUUGUAGUUGACUUUAUUGUCGCAAAUUUUUCAUUUAUUUGUUCUUUUGCUUUUGUCUGUGUGUCUUUGCUUUCAAGUUUUUUCAUGUCAUUACUUUUUUUUGUUACUCUUUCUUAGACCUUUUAAUUUCAUAUCGAGCUUACAGGUCAAUCUGUUAAUAUGUCAUAUUUGAUACACAAUUAUAAAAACAAAAAUUUAAAAAUCUCACUAUAAAUUAUUCCAAUUUUAAUAAGCGUUAAGACAUUCCUUUAGUACAAACAGAUAAAGAUUACUAAGUAUUUAGUGGAUUAUUUUGCAUGUACCGAAUUAUCUUAAAUGAUUUGACUUUUAGGUGAUAUAUUUGUAUAUAAGCUACCUUUUUAGUCUGAUAUAACCAGAAAAACAAUAACACUCGUUAUAUUUUCCAUUUUUUAUCUUUUAUUACUAUAUAUGUAUUUUGUAUGUAUUAUAUGUAUGUACAUGUAUGUUACAAAACAUGGCCAGUCAAAUGUAUUAGUAUUAAGUAUUAUAUUUCAGGAAAAAAUAUAUUUUCGAAAUUUUUCCUAAUGAAAGGAAAUAAUUAAAAACGACUUUCAAAUGCGUUUGAUAUUUUGACUUCCAAUAUUUAUAUACAUCAAUAACCAAAUCAAAAAUAUUAAUCUAUGUCAGGGAUAAAGUGAGCUCAACAGGUUGAAGUGGGUAUUAUCAAUGUUUUCCAGCGAAGGAUUUAUAAAGAUUUCAUCUUUAAACCAUUCCUAGAUGAAGCUCUUAAUUCCCAUUCAUUACAGCAAGUUAAAUUUGAAUGUCAAAUAAAAUAUUCGCAGAAAUUUUUUAUUCAAUAUUUUGUUUUAAUCUAGUAUUUUCUAGUAUUUUUCAAUGUAGAUCUUUAAUUUGUCCCUGCUGAAAUAUUUGUUGCUAAAUUUAGCAAAUGCUGUAUGCGAUCAUACAUUUUAUUUUCUCUCUGCUUCAGAUCAUUUUUCAUAAUGUUUAUAUAUAUUUAUGUUAGAGCCAACUAAGCUUAUGGCUUUGACACUAUUUGAGCUUAAAUCGACUAGGAUUGGUUAAACCCAAUCUUAACAUGUUAACCCUUAGAUACACGAAUCUUAGUGAGUAUACUCUUUACCCGCUACUGGCAUCUGGUGCCGCGUUUCAAUUUUCCGUUGAUUUCGAACGUUUUAAUUUUUUUUGCUUACUAUUACAGUUUAUUACUUACCAAAUAACCAAAGUUUUCAGGAAAUGUAUCACACAAUAAAUAAAAUCUACAAAAGGUGUAUAUUUUAAGUAAAUUUUAAUUCUUACAAGGAAAAAAUCGCACAAUGAAGAAUUGAAUAUUACAAAAGAAAAAUUAUUAGAGAAAAUGUUGUAUGCUUCGAAAAUAUUUAAAUAGGUUUAAAACUCUUCUUCUUCUUCUUCCUGCUGUGUAUAGGCAUCAUUGCCUGUUUUUCUUCACAUCAUUGCCUCUGCUCAGUCACCUGGGAGGUUGUCAUUCCAUCUUUUUCUAGGUCUUCCAAGGCUUCUUUGUCCUGCUGGUGAUUUGUCCCUUGAUAUUUUCACAAUUCGUUCUUCCGUCAUGCGGUCAAUGUUCUCAUUCCAUUUUAUCUUUCUAUCCAGUACCCAGUAAUUGAUGUUACCUAUCCCGUAUGUUCGUCUUACUUCUUUCUCUAUCCAUUAGUGUGCUUCCCGCUAUUCUUCGAAAUAUUUUCAUUUCUGUAGUCUCCAAUAUCCGUUUCGUUUUAGAGGUCUCAGGUCGGGUCUCUGCUGCAUAGGAUAAUAUAGAUCUGAUUGCGGUCUUGUAUAUGCGGGCUUUUGCUUCAGUUCGAAUGUAUUUAUUUCGCCAGAUUGUGUCAUUUAGGUAUGCUGCUGCUCUUGAGGCUCUUGUAGCUUGGUUUAUUACUUCCGUCUCCACGUUUCAUUUCCUGGUGUAUUAUUUUGUUAUCCACCACAAGCUUACAUCUGAUCGGCUUCUUGGAAGUAACCAUUGAUUUUGUCUUUGCCGCUGAUAUUGUCAUAUUGAAUUUUUUUGCUAUUUUGUUAAAUUGGUACAGUAACCUUUAAAAGGUUUAAAAGGUUCAAAACUCAUUGGAGAAAAAUGCGUAUAUGUAAAAAUAUUAUACAAUAUUUUCUUCGCAACAUGUUUCUUCAUUUCGACAACAGUGAACUGAAGUUUCUCAUGUUUCUAUGUUCGCCACAUUCAUGGCAUGGACCUCUCCUUGUUUGAGAUAUGUUUUGGAACAAUUCAGGCGAUUCUUUAUAUUUUGACAGGAAAGUUUUCAAUUUUAAUGGAAGAUUCUUGAUUUUGGCUCGUUCUUUCAGGUGCUCUUCGAGGAAUCCAAACGCCACCCCUUCCAGAAAUACUACUCGCUUCUUUUUGUAUGUUUAUCUUUUUGUUGAGUAGUUAGCACACAUUUGAUCGACAGUGUCCACUCCCCCUUUUGUGCUAUUGUAGUCUAAAAUUAUUUUAGGCUUUCCGGUUUCAGGACAAACAUCGUCAUCAUCGUGUAUGGUGGAGGGAAGAAUCAUGCAUUUAUUUUUUUUAGUCAUGUAAGACACAAUAUUGGAAGCCAGAUAUUGAAGAACCAAUUGGUCGACUUGAAGAUGGAAGGAAUUCUCGAGAGAUGUCGGACUUAUUUUCUUUCAUUGCUCCUAAAAAUGUUUUUUAGUUCUUUAUUGGUUCUCUUAGGCGUUUUACAAUUUCGUCUGGUUUAUUUGAGGUCAUAUACGGGUCUGGUGGUUGAAAACCACAAUAAAUUUCGAAAUUGUAAAUGUAAAAUGUCUUAGCGUCGCACAUAGAAUACGUUUUCAGGCCAUACUUCGCAGGUUUGUCUUGCAUAUAAACAACAAAUCCACGCAAGGGGUAUAGCAUUUCGUCAAUUGUAAUAAAUUCUGAUAAACUAUAAUUUUCUUGAAAAUUUUUAUUCAAUAUCGAAUAAAUUUCUCUCACUGGUGCUAGUUUAUCAAAUAUUAUCCGUUCUUUUCGAGUUCUUACAUCAUCAAAGCCUGUAGCAAAAAUCGGAAUCUAUUGAUACCAAUUGCCGCCCUAUAUUGUAAGUCCUGUUCCAUUCUUCUUCCAAACACACCUAGCAUCAGUUUUUAUUUAUUCCUAAUAUAUAAAAAACACCAAAGAGCGCCUUGAUUUCAGAACGGAAAGUUCUUUUGCAAUCUCUCUCCCUUGUGAUGCUUCGGUAAGGUUAGAAAUAGAAAAAAGGCAUCAGUCUCCGAAUGUGCGUCCCUGGCAUUUCAUAAAGGUCCAGAUAAAACUUUUAUGAAGUUUUUUGAUGAUGUUCUAGGACUUGGCGCGACUUUUGGUCUACAAAGCCAAAAUGUAUAGUUGUUUUUGUCCUGCCCCAAAAAUACAUCAACAUGCAAAGAGUUACAUACUUGUGGAGUUGGUUCAAUUUCAUCACCAGACAGUUCGCUGUUACUGGAAUGAUUAUCGUUGAAAAUAGUCUUCUCCUCUCCGCCGGAAUCAUCACCGAAGUCAAAUGCUGCCUCUUCCUCUAACGGUUCCAUCAGGAGCUUCUGUAUCUCCUCAUCAGAUAAGAAUCGACCUAGAGAAAUAUAAAUAUACAAAAUAAAUAAAAUCAAUAAUAGGUAAUUAUUGAGAAAGUAACAAACAAAAAUUAAGAAAAAAGUACUUACAUGAAUGCCGCAGGAAUAGAACCUCUCUCUUUGGUCUCUAAAUAAACACUCACUGUAAAUCCAAGAGUCACGACGUUCCCUUCCACUGAUUCUGUGUAGAUUUGUUGAGGGGUACUAAUGGUUCUAAAAUAGACCUGGACAAUUUAAACUAACCAAAACUACGACACGGGGUGCCGCUUAGCAUGUAACUAAGGGUUAAAGACGCAAACUCUAGAAAUCCUUCCGGUUUUAUCCUCAAAGCAUUGGUAAUCUCCUGUUGAAAUUAGGUUUAUUCCUAUUUUUCUUAUACUAAAUCACAUACAUUUACUUCCAAUUAUUUAUCAAAAAGAUACGCACAUAGUAUAAAAACCCUCUCCAAAAAUAGACUUCCACUAUGUUUUAAAUUGAGCUGCAUAUUUUUUUAUAUUUCUGAGUAAUAUUCAAUAACCCAUUCAACAGAAAUACUUUACAAGUAGAAACCAAAAUACAAAACUUGUUAAAGUAAUGAGGACUUAACAUCUCCACUAUUACUUAUUUUUUAUGAAUUUAUUUUAUAGAAAUCAAAUAGUACUUACAAUUCUUCUUCUUAAACAUCUAAAUAUUGAAUAAUUUCAUGAAUAUAGAAGAGUAGUUGCAGCUUAAAAGUUAUUUUGCAAGCAAUGGAAACUGAUAAUUGCUCAUAUAAACAAUGUCGUCAAAUAAGAAAUAGUGAAGCAAGCAGUAUCGGAAAGUAAGCUUAGUUAUCGAUACACGGUGUUCAUCGUUGGACAAUAUCCAAUCCAAUUCAUUUAGCUAAAUUAGAAAAUCUGGAACCGUUGGUUAUAUUCAUAUUGAACACACUGUUUACACCUCGACUACACCAACACUCUCAAUUACACUGUCUGACGGGCGUUAUAACGAUUCAGGUAAACUUACCUUGAGUCUCUGAAAACGAUAAUUUGGUUAUCGAAACGUGCGUCGGACAGUGUGAUUGUGACUAUUGGUUGUAGUUGCGGUGUAAACAGUGUGUUCAGCACAAUCCAUCUAGAGAAAGUGGAAGAUUUUUGAUGAUAAACAACAAGAAAAAAUUCUGAUUAAUAUUUCAAAUGCAUAUAAAUUGUUUAAAAAUUGUUAUUUGUUGAUAGUGUAACCUAGAGGUUGAAUUAAUUUUGGAAAAUGGAUAUAGGUAAGAUUUCAAUUGAAAUAUAUUUUUUAAUGAAGGCCAAAUAAUUCGAUAAAAUAUAGGUAUAUUUAGAUAAGAGAUUUUUUAAUUCUUAAUUUAUAUUUUUUUCCAUGUUUUUCAUAUACAAGUAUAUCCAUAUUAUAUGUAUGUAUAAAUGUAUAUGCUCUAGUUGUUGCACAAAUCUUUUAUUAACUCUUUAUUUUAAAUUUUAUUCAAAAUUUUCGUCAUCCAGUCAAACUGACGGCGAAAUUUCGUAUGCUAGCUUGUAUUUCUGCUCAGUGCAAAAUAAACGUUAAAAUAAAUACUGUUAAAAUUA